UUGUUGCCAUGGUGAUACCGGGGAGCUCUUCCGGGUCGUGCAGUCGUGUUUACGAAUAAGCAGCGCUGCAUUACAUAAUCUCUCAUCGAUGGUGUAAUCUUUCUCUUCAGCUACUUGUCACAGCUUUACUGUGCUACUUUAUACACCAUCAAUGGGUCCAAACAGGAUCUACAUCAGUGUGGGUUACGCCAUGUUCGGCAUGUCGGUGGGAUUUUCGUCGUUUAUCGUGUGGAAUGUGGUUUAUAAGCAGCCAUGGACGGCGGCGAUGGGCGGAUUAUCAGGAGUUCUGGCACUCUGGGCAUUGGUCACCCACAUUAUGUACAUUCAGGACUACUGGCGCACUUGGCUGAAGGGACUCAAGUUCUUCAUGUUUGUUAGUUCGGUCUUCUCCCUCCUGGCUAUUGCUGCUUUUGCCACCUUCAUAGCUUUGGCUGUUAUAGAAAAGCAGUCAAUAACUGACCCAAAGAGCUUCUAUCUAUCGGCCGUGUGGAGCUUCAUGACUCUCAAAUGGGCCUUUCUUCUGGGCAUGUACUCCUACCGCUACCGCCAGGAGUUUGCUGACAUCAGCAUCCUCAGUGACUUUUGAUUGGCUCCUCCAUCUGUAAUAGAUUUGUAGCUGCCAGUCGGUGGCUUCACCUGCCAAUGCGGAGAUGGAAGGAUGGAUGGAUCUCCUUUUUAAAACCGUCUUACGGCCUCCUUGCUUUCAAAGAAAAGACUCAAAUCUCAGCCCCUCCUUGCCACAGAUCCAGGCCCUGGAGCAAGAAGUCAGUGAAUGUCUGCGAUCUGCCUCUUUUUGUCUUUUUUGAGUUAAUUGGAGGUUUUACAUCGACAUCGGUCAAAGAUGUGGCAGUUGUGUCGAAGGAAGUGGAUACACUAGAUUGUGGUCGCAGGUAGUUGUUACUUCACUCAGGGCAACUUCUCUCCAAAUGUCAGAUGUGAAAGGAAGGCUUUCCUUCCCUGUCAGAAAAAAAAGUGCAAAAAUGUACCUUCAGGGGUGCGACUGCUUGUCAUUGGGCAGUAGACCUUGUCUCUACCCCUUUACAGGGGUGUCACAUGCAUUCUUAAUUUAGAAGAACAUACUCUAAAAGUUUUACUUUGAAGAGUGCUGUAAUGACAUGGUACAAUUUUUGUACUUUUUUUUUUUUUUUUUAAUGAAUGGGUGUACGAUGAAGGAUUAGCACAGCUUUAUUGGUCUCAGCCAGCGAUGGUGGAAUCGACCUUUCAGAUAUAGAUAGUGUUCUUUAUUAUUUGCCAUAUGUGAUUUCUUUUGGCUGCGUUUGGAACUGCAUACUAGCAUUUUAAAGUUAAGUUAAAAUUAGUUUUUAAUUUACGAAAGGGUCAUAAAUACAGUAAACACAGUAAUAUUUUUAAUGAAGUUUUCUGUUCAAUGUAUACUAUGAUGCAUAUGAAAUAUGAAAAUAUGCACAGGACGGUCCCAGUGAAGUGCGCCUGGCUUUCCAUUACCAACACGUUGAGCCAUAAUAAUAUCAGCCCUUUUUAUUAUGUUGACUCCGACUGCUAAAAGCCAUACAUUAUUACUCACUGAAAUGUGACAAUGUAGCAUUCUAGGUUUAUUGGUGCGUAAUGCAUUCUGUUUUGCAUACUUCCUUUAUAUGCAUAGCAAAUCCUUUGCAGUGUGGGUAGUUUUUUCUUUCCGAAUUUUACCAUUGGUUCACUAUCAUUAUGCAGUUCCUCUCUUUGCCACUAGUGGGGGGUGAUUGAGCAACUGAAUGAAUGGCGCUCAGUCCUCAGAUGUUUUUAGUUACGUAUCAGCACUAAAUUGUAUUAAAACCAUGAGCUGAAUUCACAAUAUUUUUAAAUGCUUACGUUAUCAUGUGAAAUGUUAUUUCUGGAUAGUUUUUCUUCAAGAUAUUCUAUCCGAUAAAACAAGCGUUUAUGUUUUAAAGUGUAUGUUUUGUUUGUUUGAGGGACGAGCGCUCCGUCUCUGUGUGUGUUGAGCGGAUAUUAAGUGUGGUCUGGUUUGUUGUCAUUUUCGGAUGUUGAAGGAUCAGUCAUUUAUUCACCGUCAUGUCAUUUAAAUCCCAAUUUUUAUAGUCAAAAAACCCCUCAUAUAAUAACUUUAUAAGAGAAACAGACAUAAUUAAAUGAAUAAAAAUGAAUACAUUUCGGAAGACUUUUGAAAAACCAUUCAUUUUUAGUAGCCGAAAAGUAACAAACGCAUUACUUUGCACUAGAUUGCAUAGAAAUGUUGUAAGUGUUUUAAUGAGUAGAAGGGGUCACCUUCAAAAACUUUUACCAACAUUUCACUUUAUAGCAUGUGUGUAAAGCAGUUUUGUACCAUAAUGCUUUUAGCCAGCUAUAUGCAGAUUCAUCACUGGUUACAGUUACACUACCUGCAGCUUAAAACUUUGCACAGUAUGAGUUACAUUGGGACAUUUGAAGAAGAUUAAAGUACUGUUGUUUAAAUCUA